AUGUUAAUAUUGGUACAGGGUGCGUUUCAAGAACUGAAGCUGUAUGGUUCACCGUCCCAGGCAGAGGUGCAAUGUGUCAACACGUUCGAGGUUGAUCAAGAAGAAGGGGACGCAGAAGGAUCAGAACGAUAUGGAACAAUGCCUCCUCCGUUCUUGCCUCCACCACCAGACGGAUAUCCACUUCGUUUUAGAGGAGGUGAAAAAGGAGAUCGAGGUCCAAGGGGCCCACCAGGGGAAACAGUGAGGGGCCCACCAGGACCACCAGGUCCCCCCGGCCCGCCCGGACCACCUGGAAUAUCAGCUAUUGCUGAAAUAUCUGGAUCUGGAGACGAUCAAAUUUUCGGCGAGAAUUACGCCUCAUUGGGGCAAUGCGGUUGCAACUCAAGCACAAUACUGUCGCUUCUCCAAUCAGCGCCAGAACUACAGGGGCCACCUGGCCCGCCUGGUUUGAUGGGCGCAGACGGCCGCACUGGUCCGCCAGGCAUUACUGGACAACCAGGUAUGCCUGGUGAAAGAGGCUCGGUGGGGCCACGGGGUGAAAAAGGUGAACGGGGUGACGCUGGUCCACGUGGACCAGAAGGACUUUCGGGACCGAAAGGGGAAGCGGGCGUCGAUGGGCGACCUGGUACACCAGGUCCACCUGGUCCACCGGGACCACCAGGCUCAUCUGAUUACAGUAAUUUUGAUGAAUCCAUAUUGGGUUCAUAUGGUGGGGCGAUUGGAAGGCCUGGUGCACCGGGACCAAAAGGCGAUGCAGGCCAACCUGGUCCAGUAGGUCCACAAGGUGAACGGGGCUUCCCCGGGCAUAAGGGUGAACGGGGACCACCUGGACAGUAUGGUGCAAAAGGAGACCGCGGUCAUCCUGGAGCCCAAGGAGAGCGAGGAUUGAAAGGAGACCAAGGGACACCUGGUUUAGAAGGCCGUCCUGGUAUUCCAGGAGCUAAUGGCCGACCAGCCGAAAAGGGAGAAAAAGGAGAAAGAGGUUCACCCGGCCCUCCAGGUCCAGCAUCCAUUGGAGGAGUAUUCAGUUCCGAUGAUCCUGAGUUUUUAACCACUGGUCGACAAACUCUACCAGGUUCGAAAGGCGAUAAAGGAGAAAAGGGCGAAAAGGGUAGUAGGGGUAACGAUGGACCCCCAGGCCUCCCAGGGAAAGACGGCAAGUCUGGUGAGAGAGGAGAUAUUGGCCCAUCAGGACUACCAGGGCUCACAGGCCCUCCUGGUACUCCGGGUUUGAAAGGCGAACGGGGUGAAAGAGGCCCGCCUGGACCUAUCAGUAUGACGUCACCUGGGACAGACAUAAUCACAAUAAAGGGCGAUAAAGGUGAACCGGGUCUUAGAGGUAGAAGAGGUCGACCUGGGCCUCAAGGCCCUAGGGGAUUGCAAGGGCUACCAGGAUUACCAGGUCCUCCAGGAAAAGCAGGCGAUAAAGGUGAAAUGGGCAUGCCCGGUUGGAUGGGCCGCCCUGGAACUUUAGGGCCACCUGGAACACCUGGACCCUCCGGGCCUAAAGGAGAAAAAGGAGAUCCUGGCAUCAAUCUGUUGGAUAUUGCAAUGGUAAGUUUGGUGUUACAAAAAUCUCCGACUAAGUUUUUUUAUUAA